AUGCCGACUUUUCGCACUGCAGAUUUGAUUAUAAAGAAGCGCGAUGGAGGCGAAUUGGACGAUGACGAGAUCGAUUGGUUUGUGAAAGGCGUCGUUGGAAAGAGAGUCCAAGAGAGUCAAAUAGGCGCAAUGUUAAUGGCAAUAUGCUUGAAGGGAAUGAUUGAGAGGGAGACAAUCUCACUGACCAAAUCUAUGAUGAAAUCUGGUGACGUUUUGAAAUGGCCGGAUGAAUGGAAAGGUUUGAUAGUUGAUAAGCAUUCCACUGGUGGAGUUGGGGAUAAAGUCAGUCUUCCAUUGGCUCCAGCUUUAGCAGCAUGUGGUAUGAAGGUAAGUAUAGUACAGCGCCCUCAG